UUCUCACAAAAAAGAAGUUCCCAGUUGCGGCUUGUGAUCCCCCUCUUCCGCCUUCCUCGACCCAAAUCGCAUCGACGCCUUCCUCUUUUCUCAAACCCUAGUCCAGAUCUGCCAUGGGCCCCCCUCUAUGUGUCUUGCUCAAAAGCAAGGUUUUGUUCCAGUACGACCCGGAUGUAUUCCGCGGCGGCGCGGUCGAAAGGGGAGGAGAAUCGAUCGGCGGCGGGAGCGGAAGAACAAGGGGAAUACGAACCCCACGAGAGACGGCAAAUGGCAUCCUCCCCUAUCUGCGGGCCAUGAAACCAGAUGCGAACUUCGCCAAUCCACCGGAGCUUUCCUCGCUACGCAUACUCCGGCCGACAGAAUCCACCCCACAGUGCUACAGAGCAAUCCUGUCCUCCGGCCAUAUCGCCAGCGCAGACAAGAACCUGAUUGCCCUCUAUCCUGGCGCUUACCGCCCUGGCAUCCAGGUGAAAGGAUGCUAUCUGAUCUACGAUGCCACGAAGAACUCCCUCUCUGCGAUCCCCCAGCGGCCCGAUGACACGGGCUUCCUUGCUGGAGCCGGGUUGGGAGCCGUCGUCCUGCGCUGCGACGGCGGGGAGGAAGGCGCCUACGUUCUCGGCGAGCUCGCCCAGGUACAAGGCUCCGACUGCUCUGAAGCCGCCCUCUACACGUGGCGGUCGUCCACCGCAGAGUGGGUCACCAAGGUCGGGCGCUUGCCCCCCGAGGUGUGCACGCGCGACCGUCUCUUCCUCUCUGACUCGUGCUUCUCGUUCGGGGGCUCCAUCCUCUGCUGGGUGGACAUGUUCAAAGGCAUGCUGAUCUGCGAUUUGCGUGCGGUGCUAGAGUAUGGCUCUGACCUGGAGUUCCGCUUCAUUCCAUUGCCCGAAGAUUCUCUGCCGUUUCCCCACAGGAACAGGUUUGAAUGCCCAAGGCGGCUGGAGGUGUUCUGUUCCAUUGGCUGUGUUCGCGGUGCAGUAAAAUUUGUUACGAUGGAUGGCUAUGGUGAGCGCCCCAGCAAUGAAGUAACGCUCACCAUCUGGACUCUGUUGCCGGACAUCUACAAGUGGAAGAAAGGUAGGGUGUACCAUCUGAGAGACAUUUGGGAAAAUGAGACCUACCAAACCAUGGGCUUGCCGCAGGUCGUGCCGUCGUACCCUCUCCUGAGCAUGCAUGAAGACGACGUCGUCUAUCUGGCCUUCCCUAAUGUUACCUCGGUGGACGGUUACGAAAGCGACUUUUUGCUUCGCAUCGACAUGUUACACGACAAGGUUCAGUGCCAUCAAGGAACUUCAGACAAGAUACCUGCCCGACUCAUCGCUGUUGAGUGCAGUGCAUACCUACAGGACUUAGAGGAUCACCAGAGAAAGGCAAAAGCACGAAAGAUAUGGGCAAGUGGAGAGAGUAUGACGCUUUGACAUCUUUGCAGCAUGUCAUGUGGAAAUAUGAGCUAAAGUCGGCACCUGUGUUGAUUUAGCUAUUAGUUUGGAUCUUAUCAUUUGAACUGAAGUCGGCACAUGCUUUGACAAGUAGUUUGGAUCUUUGCAGCAUGACAUCUUUGCUUGCCGGGAUGUGCGUUGACUUGGCUACUAGUUUGUAUCUUAUCAUUCUCUGUUGUUAGCAAGUAGUUAUAUGAAUGUGGCUUUGAGACCUUCGUAACAUGUCAUGUGGAAAUUUGUAUGACAUAGGUCACAUGUUUUUGCUUACCCCUGUGGAGCUACUUACUGUGCUUUGAUUUAGCUGUUGGUUCAAAUCUUAUAAUUUAUCUGUUAGUAGUUAAA